CCAUGACUCUCCACUCCCCCAACUCCGCAAUUAUUGCCGAGGCAGAACAGCUUGUUGCCGACCUGAAGGGCCAUACUGGCUCCCCUGUCGACCAAAUCAAGGCAGUCCGACAAUUGGACAAACUUCGGUGUUUGGUUCACAAUGGGUUUGAUGCCUUACUUUUCCAGGCGCAGCCGUUUCAAAUCCUUCCAGCCCUAAACUUGUUAAUGGAACAUGGCGUCUUUGAUGCCGUACCGCUCUCGACAAGUAUCUCGAUUAGCGAUCUCGCGACUGCAGUGAAACUCGAUAGUGAAAUAUUGCGACGAUUCCUACGAAUCGUACUCACGCAAGGAAUCUUCACCGAGCAUUCGGAUGUUGUCGAACACACGGCUGCGUCGGCUAUCUUCCGUACAGAUCAUGCUGCGAGCUUCUAUCGCCUAGGCACAGCACAGUUUUCACAAUGGUGGAAAGUCUCUGAUUAUCUCAAGAGCCAUUCCGCCAAAGAUUCCCAAGACGCAACAAAAGUCCCUUAUGUCUGGGCUUUGGGGAAGGAAGGUAAGACUUACUAUGAAGCGUUGGAGGAGGAUCCCACCGUUUCAGAUGCAUGGCAUAAAGGUAUGAUCAUGAUCGAAUCAACUCAGCCUGUGACGGGCAUGUUUCCGUUCAAAUCGAUGCAGGCGGCUGUUGAGAGCGAACCACAUCGGCCCUUCGUCGUUGAUGUUGGCGGCGGUCGAGGCAAUGCCCUCACAUCCAUCAUGAAAGAGUGUGGAGGCAGCUUCGGAGCGAAGGUAAUUCUACAAGAUAUGACAGAAGUAUUAGAAGGCAAAGAUCCAGUUCGGGUGAACGGAGUCGAGAAUAUGCCGCAUAACUUCUACGAAAAUCAGCCUGUGCGCAAUGCUCAUAUCUAUUACCUCCGAAAUGUUCUACACAAUCACUACGACGAUCGGAGCCAGAAGAUUUUGCGGAAAAUCGUCGAUGCCAUGGGUGCAACUUCGAGGGUGCUCAUAUGCGAAAUGAUCCUCCCUCAGACCUCUCCUGCCGGUUCUGAUCCAUUUCCUUUUUUCAUGGAUCUCAAUAUGUUUAUGGAAGGAGGUAUUGAGAGGACUGAGGAACAUUGGGAUGAGCUACUGAGCUCUGUGGGAUUGGAGAUCAAAAACAUUUGGAGACGAGAGGAGAAUCCGGUUCAAGCUACCAUUGAAGCUUGCUUAAGGGGUUGAAUUUCGACCUAGAUCUAAAUCCUUACAAAUGUUCCACGAUCACUGCCAAUUCACACUUUGAUAACCUCCCG